AUGGCAUUUUUCUUCCAACGCUUCUGCUUUGAAGAGGUUCAAAUGGAUGGUGUUCCCCAUGGCAGCUUCUUCUCUAGCGAUCUCCUACCAUCUCUGGGAGCACGGAUAAACCAGGCAACCAAACUUCGAAGAUAUAUAGUUUCCCCUUACAAUUCCCGUUAUAGGGCUUGGGAGAUGUGGCUGGUUGUUCUAGUCGUUUACUCUGCCUGGAUCUCUCCAUUUGAGUUCGCUUUUCUAACAUACAAGAAAGAUGCUCUUUUCAUCUUUGACAACAUUGUCAACGGUUUCUUUGCUGUUGAUAUUGUUCUCACCUUCUUCGUUGCAUAUUUAGAUAGCCAAUCUUACCUCCUUAUCGAUGACCCUCAGAAGAUAGCACUCAGGUACAUAUCUACGUGGUUUAUUUUCGAUGUCUGCUCGACUGCCCCAUUUCAGUCUCUUAGUCUGCUGUUCAGAAAUCACGGUAGUGGGUUUGGCCUUAACAUACUCAGCAUGCUCAGGCUCUGGCGUCUCAGACGAGUCAGCGCCCUGUUUGCAAGACUUGAGAAGGACAUCAGGUUCAACUAUUUUUGGACUCGAUGCACAAAACUGGUUUCUGUAACCCUCUUUGCGGUACACUGUGCUGGAUGCUUUAACUAUUUGAUUGCAGAUAGAUACCCGGAUCCAAAGCGAACAUGGAUUGGUGCAGUAAACCCAAAUUUUAAAGAGGAAAGUCUCUGGAAUAGAUACGUGACUGCAAUCUACUGGUCUAUUACCACUUUAACUACAACAGGUUAUGGGGACCUGCAUGCUGAGAACCCGAGGGAGAUGCUUUUUGAUAUAUUUUACAUGCUGUUCAACUUGGGGUUGACCUCAUACCUAAUUGGAAAUAUGACAAACCUUGUAGUUCACUGGACCAGCCGCACAAGGAACUUCAGAGACACAGUCAGAGCUGCUUCAGAAUUUGCUGCACGAAACCAGUUGCCUCCUCGCGUACAGGACCAAAUGUUGUCACACAUAUGCCUGAAGUUCAAAACAGAAGGAUUGAAGCAGCAAGAGACCUUAAAUGGUCUGCCGAAAGCCAUUCGUUCGAGCAUUGCGGACUAUCUCUUCCACCCUAUUGCUCAAAAAGCUUCUCUCUUCCGAGGGGUCUCUCAUGACUUCCUUUUCCAACUGGUUUCAGAAAUGGAGGCUGAAUAUUUUCCACCCAAGGAGGAUGUAAUACUGCAGAACGAAGCUCCAACAGAUCUUUACAUACUGGUCUCGGGAACCGUGGAUUUGAUAGUGUAUGUUGAUGGACGUGAAGAGGUUAUUGGGAGAGCAAUUGCAGGAGAGGUGUUUGGUGAGGUUGCAGUUUUAUGUUACAGGCCACAACCUUUCACAGUUAGAACCACUGAGCUUUCUCAAAUACUACGACUGAACAGAACUUCCCUCAUGAACACCAUAAAAGCGAAUCCAGAAGAUGGGCGCAUCAUAAUGAAUAAUCUUUCCAUGAAGAUGAAACGGCCAGAAAGCAUGUAUUCUGAAUCCCAAAACAGAGAUGAAUGGUGUACUAAGAGAGGGUGUCAAGACCAUAUGCAUGGAGAUCUAUCAGUGAACAAAGCAAAUGAGAUAGGUUCCCAGGGAUCAAAGGCUACAGAAAUAAGUGAAUUGGGCGAAGAUACCAGCCAUGAAGGGUUUGUAUCAGCAGUUGAGGAUAGCCAAACGGCUCUUCAUGCUGCAGUUUGCAAGGGGAAUAUUGAAAUGGUUAAGAUUCUACUCGAAGGAGGAGCAAACAUAAACAAACCAGAUGCCAGAGGAUUGACCCCAAAAGCUCUAGCGGAACAGCAAGGAAAUAAAAGCAUAUAUGAUCUCUUACGAUGUUACGAAAAUAGGAACAUCUUGAAUGAACAUAGAAUAGAUUUUAUCGAGCCAGAAACUGUAGUUGACACCAAGAGUAGUCAAGGGAAACAUGAAGUAAACACUGGGCCCAGUUUGUUCAUCUCCCAUUCAAACAAGGCACAGACAAACUCCAGCUCAUGCAUUUCAAGUUGUCUCCAUGACGGGGAAGCAAAGAAAUUGACCACGAGAGUUACUAUCCAUAUGCAGCUUCAAAACAGAAGUACAUCGCAGAGCCAACUUGGGAAGUUAAUUAUCCUACCUGAUUCUAUGGGGGAGUUGCUCCGAAUUGCAGGGGAAAAGCUUGGAGGCUACAAAUUUACAAGAGUCAUCAAUGCUGAGAACGCAGAAAUAGAUGAUGUCUGUGUCAUUCGAGAAGGUGAUCAUCUGUUUCUUCUCCAAGAUGACUAG